GAGGGGGCUGUCAAUCAGUGCCAAUAACAUGCACACACGGACAUCAAAGUAAAGUUUAAAUCAGUUCCAGAUCGGCUCUCCACACAACACUCCAUAUUUUGGUCAUUUUUAGUCUUUAAAAGCCAGAAAACAUUGAACACUGCAUUAUUGCUAGGGAGCAUAUUGUUAAAACUUGAUUCAGACAAGGACGCCAUGUCGACAUCCAAGGAUCAAAAGCCGCAGGUUGGCGCGUUUGAUUGUCGUGAGUUUCAGCAAAUGGAUAUAUCCAAUCUGGGGAUGAGUUCUUCGUGGGGAAUUGUGGAGCGUCAGUUGCAGGACGGUAUUGGUGAGCUGCAUCGCAUCUUCGACCGAUUGGGAGCCCCACUUUCCCCCAGAAGAAAUUCAGAGGUGGUCCCUCCCAUCAACAGAUCCAAUCUUAUAUCCUCCGGCUCGGAUGGGAGACCACUGCCAUUGGCUAGGGGAACAAGUGGCGGCAUAGAUAGGAACCAUAUUCGUAAUCCCAUCUUGAAUCCCUACGAUAGUGAUCCGGAAACCCAGGAGAACACCCAUGUGGCAGUGCAGGUGGCAGACAAACAGGCAGCUCUGGCCGUUCUCGAACAGCAAAUGGAUGCGGAAACCCGCCUACUAGCCACUAGGUUCUUCAAUAUAAUGCUCGCUAGGCUUUGGCGCCGACGAAAGGCUGAGGUUUGCGACCUUGACACUCUAGUUCGCAGUUACCAAGAAGAUGCCGCUCGCACUCAAGCCGAGCUGUUCACCCGGAACCAAAUGAUUCGCUUCGAGCAGAGUCGUGGUGAACAGCUUACCACUCGGCUUGCGCGGGCUAUCAAUCGCGUUCGCGUAACUAUGGAAAAUUGCAGCGAAUUGGAGAAGGAACUGAAAGAGUUGAGGAAGCGGGAAACGGCUUUGCACAGUGACCUGGCCUCCAAAUCGCUGGAAUGCGAAUAUUUUUCUGAAAUGCUGGACACCUAUCGGACCGAAAUGUUCCGGGAAAUGGCAAAUUAUCGCGAAGGAGCCAAAGAAUUGGCCAAUCAACAGAGGCGAGCACUCGAACUGGAGCGCCAGAAUGCCCAGUUGGAGGAUGAGCUUCUAACUAUUAAGGAUCAUUUCAUGCUGCAGAAUGACAAGAUGUCGGUAGCGCUUGGCAUAAAACAGGAGCAACUGGACACCGCCUACGAAAGCCUGAAACUUUGCGAAGAGGAACUGGCCAAGCUUGAAAUGAAAUACAACGAGCAGCUGCGCCAAAGUCAGAUCGAUAUGGCACUGCAGAACGAGUUGUUGGAUCUGAAGAGGAAUUUGGGCAUGGCACGAUAUCUUAUUUUCUACCUGAGAGCCUGCGGCUGGUCAACUUUCCAAGGUUGCGUGUACCACAUGGUUGCCGGAUCACUAGACUGUUUGGCACCUGCAUUUUCCUCACCGCCGAUGGCAGACAAUUUGCUCCGAAUAGCGAUUUCCACCAUUUUCCUUCUUUUCGCAAUGUAUUAGCUUAUCUUGUGAAUACAAAAUGCACACUCAAUGGAAAGUGGAGAGAGUUCGACAGUCGAGCAUUUAAAGACUGGGAUCUUGUGAACAUUUCAGGACAUACAACCAGCAAUUGGUUGCAACGUAUAUAUUACAAAUAUUCUUGUUUUCCCUUUUGUCAUAAUAUUUUUUGGGUCCGGGCAUUACGUACUGUUGUCUAAUAUUU